AUGCUGUCACAGCUCCUCGCCCGACGCAGUCCCCUGGCGUGCCGAGCCAUUGCUGCGCCGACCGGUGCAUUUCGUACCCCGCGAUGGAGCAGCUCCAUCUCGCAACGGCCGGGUUCGGACAGUGUCCAAUUCCCCGGUGCUGUGAAUAGCAAGUUCACCACCCAAAUGUCCUUCCUCAAGGCUUCCGACUUGCCUGCCAUUCCCACCUACCGCGUGAUGGACUCCAACGGCGAGCUAGUGGACGGAACACGGGGGCCUCCCGACGUUACGGAUGAAGAGGUUCUGACGUGGUAUAAGAAUAUGCUGACCGUGAGCAUCAUGGAUGUGGUCAUGUUCGAGGCACAACGGCAGGGUCGAUUGAGUUUUUACAUGGUUUCGGCCGGAGAAGAGGGCAUUACUAUCGGCUCCGCCGCGGCAUUGACCCCGGACGAUGUCGUGUUUGCCCAAUAUCGCGAGGCAGGUGUCUUUCAACAACGCGGAUUUACCCUCAAGGAUUUCAUGAGCCAGCUUUUCGCGAAUCACAAUGAUACAGGCAAGGGCCGGAACAUGCCAGUGCACUAUGGACAGAACUACCCCCGAACGCACACAAUUUCCUCACCACUCGCCACUCAAAUCCCCCAGGCUGCUGGUGCCGCCUAUGCCCUCAAACUCCAAGAUUUGCAGAACCCAAGUCGGCCCCCGCGGAUAGUGACUUGCUACUUUGGAGAGGGCGCGGCCAGCGAGGGUGACUUCCAUGCAGCGCUGAAUAUCGCCGCCACACGGUCCUGCCCAGUAGUGUUCCUGUGCCGGAACAACGGCUAUGCGAUUUCCACACCGACCCUGGAGCAGUAUCGCGGGGAUGGCAUCGCCAGCCGUGGCGUUGGAUAUGGAAUUGACACAAUUAGGGUGGACGGCAACGAUGUAUUUGCAGUGAACGAAGCCAUGAAGGAGGCACGGAGACUAGCUCUGAGUGACGGCGGGCGGCCUGUUUUGAUUGAAGCGAUGAGCUAUCGGGUCUCGCACCACAGCACCAGUGACGACAGCUUUGCAUACCGUGCUCGCGUCGAAGUUGAAGACUGGAAACGCCGCGAUAAUCCAAUUAUCAGAUUGCGCAAAUGGCUCGAAAAGCAGGGACUGUGGAGUGAGGAUCAGGAGAAAGAGACACGCGACGCCCUGCGCAAGGCAGUGCUGAAGGAAUUCGGUGAUGCUGAGCGCGUGAAAAAACCCCCGCUUCGGGAGGCCUUUGAGGAUGUCUAUGAGAACAUUACGGAGGAGGCUCAAGAACAGAUGAAGGAGCUCAAGCGCAUCUUGGAGACUUAUCCCGAUGAGUACGAUCUGAGACCCUAUAAAGAUGGAGCGAAGGGCCUGGACUAG